AUGAAAUCAAAACAAUAUGUUUCGUUGAAUUUAGAUUCGGAUGAAUACAAGAAAUAGAUAAAAUUAUUAGAAGAGAUGAAUGUAAGUCACAAACUAAUAAGUAGGAGAAAUUGACUUAGGAGAAUUGCGAUUUAAUACGUGAAAUAACACAAUAUCAAAUACAAUUAGGGGAGAAGGAUUCAUAAAUUGAUUACUUGAGAAAAGAAAAUGGAACUUUGAAAUUUGAAUUGAAAGUAUAUAAGUUAAAAAUCAAAGUUAGCUUUGAAAAAAGAAGACUUAUAUAGUACAGUAACGUUAGAUCGAUACAAGAAGUCAUUUUCAACAAUUUAGCCUUAAAGUACUUCAGAUUUAUUUCAAUAUAGGGAAACGUAUAUUUGAGACCAAGAUGACAACAUUACAUAUGAAUUACUUAAGUCCAAAGAAAUGCAGUAAUGAGAAAGAAGACUUUAUCAGCCCUGAAGCAGGGGAAUUUGGAAAAUAAAUUGAUAAUGGAUUAAAUUAAGUCUUGGGAUAGGAUGCUAAAGAAUUUAAUUAUGAAAAUUUAUCUCAAUCAAAGUAGAUUAUACAAAACUACUCUAAAUUUGGAUUAGAAUAAGCUAAAGGUGAGGAAUCUAAUUUUACUCCAUAUUAAUUAUUAUCAGAAUCUAUUAUAAUCAAAUAAGAUUUAUCAUAAUCCUAAUAAUUGAAAUUGAAUAAAUAUUCUUUAUUUGAAGAAUUCCUUAUUAUCAGUAUUUCAAAAUCAACAUUGAAUGGAUUAACUAAUGAUAUUUUAGAAGCAAGAGAAGUAAAUUUAAUGCCUGAGAUUUUGUUUCAACAUUCAUCUGCUGAGUCCUGUUAUAAGGAAUAAUUAUUGUUAUUGCCAUAAUAGAUACAUCCAUAUGGUUUAAAAGUGAAAUUGGAAUAGAAAACUCAAUCAAUGAGUAAUUUGAAUUCGUACAUCAAUAUAAUUAAUAUUUUAGAAUUCUAAUGGGCGGUCAAAAUUAUGAUAGAUUAGCUGGUGCAUAUGUAAUUACUAUGUAAUCAGAAUAAACAUUCAAUAAAAGUGGGGUGCUUAUUAAUAAAACUUAAAUAAAUCUAGAUAAUAUAAGUGAUCUAAUCUCAAUAGCAAAUAUCAAUCAUUAAUUAUAUUGUGUUUGUGUUGAUGUGCCUGAUUUCUAUGAUUAUAAUGUUGGCAACAACACCACUAAAUUAUAGAAGAAAUACUUUUAUUCAUUAUCUAAAACUUAUUGCUUCAUUACUAAAGCACCAAUUAUUGAUUUUUUUAUUGAAACCAUCAAGAUUAUAAUAAGUAUCUAUUAUUCUUAAAUAGGCACAUUAAAAUAUAAAAAAGCAGAGAUCUAUUCCAUGGUUUCAGAAUUCGAGGAGACUCUAGGGGAUAUUGAUAAUUAUUUCUAUACAGUAAAUAUUGAAUUACUAUAUUAAUAGUCAUUCAAACUAGAACUAUAUAAUUUUUUAACAGAAUUGUAAUAUUCAAAGUUGAUAAGUGAAUGCAAAUACUAAUUUUUAUAAACUCCUAUAGAGUUUCAACACAUUCAUAGUUCAAAUGUUGAAAACUAUGAAAUAGAAUGGGCCAUUACUUAUGCAUUUUCAAACAUGGAAUUGCCCCAUUAUUUAAUUCUAUUAAUCAAUAUGAUGUUGGAAUAGCACAUCUGUAUUAUAAGUAGUAAUCGUACAUUAUUGAGCUCUUUAUUGUAAUUUAUGUGUAUAUAUUAUAGGAUGAUAUUGCCGCAUAUGAUUAAACCUUUUCAACACAUACAACCUACCAUUCAUGUUUUAACUGCCUAAUUGAUGCCAAUUCUUGAUUCUCCUGUUCCAAUAAUUUGUGGAAUGGUCAAAGACAAUGAAAAGGGAUUACAAAAUUUGGGUAUUGAAGACAUUGAUUCCUUUUGUGAUGAAUAAUCUCAAAUUCUAUUCUUUGACGCUAACAAACUCAAGUUUUAUAAUUUGGCUUCAAAUCUUACAGAAUGUAAAGUAUACACCACUUUAUUUGAUAAAUUAUUCAAAACCUACUAAUAAAUAGGCCAAUUAAGUGUUCCUGGACACUAUUUAGCAGAUAAUAAUGAUACAACAAUUAAUUUGAGUUUUAAAAUAUUAGAUGACACUAAAACUUAUAUAGAAGAAAACUUAUUUCCUCUGAUUCCAGAAGUUGAUGGUGAAACUAAUCUUAAUGAAAUUUUAGAUAAAAUACUUAGCUCUACUUAGGAUCAAAUUUUAAAAGAAAUCACAUAAACACAAUAUUUCUCUUACUACAUCUAAUAGAAAUUCAAACUUUGA